CAUCACGUGUGAGGAGCGCAAACCUGCGUUCCUAUUGGUCCAGAACGGGAAAGGGGCCCCGGUCUUUCCCUUCAUUUAAUCGGAACGCUGUCGGACAUUGUUGUUGUUAUGAAACAGAAUCAUAGUGUAUGUUUUCUCCAAAGAAUAACGAGCCGGCGAAUAUCGUUGGAAUUCAAUCCGUAUUGUCUCUAAAUCGACUACCGAGAUAUGUCUGUGAAACGGGUGAUAUAUGUAAUGAAUGGGGAAGUGUCGAGGCGUUACUUUACUUUAACAAGUUAACCGUAAUCUGGUUACGGGGUUGACUGAGGUAAGGACAGUGGUUGAGGUGUUUUGUUAGGUGCCUGAAUAUAUAGAGAUUUUUUUUCUCUCUUUAUAACAGUCAGCUUGAUCGUAAGGAAACUGGCACCGUGUGAUCAGAUGGACACGGACAUGUUGGGGAAUAACGAUCUGUACUCACACAAGUAGGACCUAAUAUUUGUUUUCAAUGUGGAAUUCUAUUUUUGCUUGUUGAGUAUUCAGAUAACCUAUUUGAUCGUAUUUAGGCGAACAUAUUAGGUAAUCAAAAUAUCUUCCAACAACAAUUUGACUAUAAUUAGAAUAUAUAUAUUUUUCAGAAAAUAACCUAAUAUUCUCGAAACAAUCAUGUCAGACUAUACACAGAGGUCUCUGCCUUUUUGUCAGCGGCUGAGUUACGCUGUGGGACACUUUCUGAACGAUCUGUGUGCGUCUAUGUGGUUCACCUACCUGUUGGUGUACUACCACUCCGUGCUGGGCUUUCAGAACACCUAUGCAGGUGUGUUACUGCUGGUGGGGCAGAUAGCGGACGGGGUCUGCACACCCCUUAUCGGCUACGAGUCGGAUCGGACGCCGGGGUGUGGGACAUACGGCAAGAGGAAGACAUGGCAUUUAGUGGGUACGGUCAGUGUGCUGAUGUCCUUUGCGUUCAUCUUUAAUCAGUGUCUGGGGUGUGACCAGUACACCUCUCAGUGGGUCAGCCUGACGUACUUCAUCCCAUUCAUCAUCAUCUUCCAGUUCGGCUGGGCUGCCACGCAGAUCUCACACCUGUCACUCAUCCCUGAGUUGGUGUCCUGUGAACACGCCAAGGUGGAGCUCACUGCUUACAGGUACGCGUUUACAGUGAUGGCCAAUAUAACAGUGUACGCUGUGGCCUAUCUGCUGUUCCACUUCCAGACCGGAUCAGACGAUGACCCCUCUCUCACCGAGACCCUGGGGCCCAUAGAUAUCCCUAUAUUCAGGAACCUGAGCCUCAUCGUGCUGGGUAUCGGUGCUCUUUUCUCUGUCCUCUUUCACCUGGGCACACGGGAAGAGAAGGGGGGAGCAGGGGAAGAGAAGAGAGAAGAGGAGGAUGAUGAAGAAGAAGAGAAAGGAGAGCGCCGGCCCCUUAUCCCUCGCCCUCAGGCUGCCGCCCCUGUCCAGUCGCUGCUGAGGUGGAAAUGCUGGCUGAAACAGCCUUCCUUUUACCAGGUAGCGUUUCUCUACAUGUCCACCAGACUGAUAGUGAACGUGUCUCAGACGUACAUCUCCAUGUAUCUUACCAACACUCUCAUGUUGCCAAAGAAAUACAUUGCCACUAUUCCCCUGGUGAUGUACGUCAGUGGCUUCGCUUCCUCUUUCAUCAUGAAGCCUAUCAGCAAACUCAUCGGCAAAUGUAUGACCUACUUUGUGGGCCUGCUGCUGAUCAUGGCCUUCUCUUAUUGGGUGUUGAUAGACGACCAGAUGGGUGACCGGAUCUACGGGGCGUCCGUCCUUCUAGGGGUGGGGUCAGCUACCAUCCUGGUGAUGUCACUCUCCAUGACCGCUGACCUCAUCGGGGACCAGACGCAAAGUGGAGCGUUUGUUUACGGGGCGAUGAGCUUCACUGACAAGGUGGCCAACGGAGUAGCUGUUAUGAUGAUACAGACUCUACACCCCUGCCAUUCUCAGGUCUGCUGUCCAGCGUGUGUGUGGUACUACCACUAUGUCAUGGUCAUAGCAACAGGGGGCGUGGCCGUCAUAGCAGCUCUCAGUCUCUGUACCAUCCUUGUCUGGCCUAUCAGGAUCGUCCGCCGUCUGCCUUACAUCUCAGGUCUGAUGGGCAGCGAGGAUCAGGACAUCUCUGAGGACAACUCUUACCAGCCUAGACCAACGGUCAACUAAGGAACUACGGUGGGCAGAGGUUGACAGAGUUACCUUGGACCCUGCUCUACUGUAGUAGAGACCAGCCAGUCCCACUUAUCCCUGGGUGAAUAACCACUGCAGGACCCAGCCUGUCUCUUCAGGGAUUAUAGUUUAGCUCUGUGGCCUCUCCAGGACUCACUCAGGCAUCUUAAAACUCUCAACUGGAACAACAAACAUUUUAGACUGAAAAGUCAUCUCACCGUAGUGUUCACAAACAACCAACUGGACUAGCAGUAUUCCUCUGAAAGAAUCAAGACUUUCCUUCUGGACCUGACCAGUAGCUGUUCUGUACUGUAGGGGAGUUGGGUUGAACAGCAGCCAUCAGGACCCAUUUCUACUAUAGAUCAAUACGUUGCUUUGCUGUCGCAGAGUAUCGGUCAAUUCGGUGUACAGCAUUACUGUCAAGAUGAGGGAGGUUAUACAGUAACAGUCCAUUGUCUCUCUCUCAAUCAGCACCUUCUCACAGUCAUACUGCAGUUGAUUCAGUGGGUUGAUUCAGUUGGCUGAUUCAGUGGGUUGAUUCAGUGGGUUGAUUCAGUUGGCUGAUUCAGUUCAACAGUGCCUAUAGGAUUGAGUACAUACCUACACUGACACACACGGGUCCAGAAUACGUACAUACCCCUCUUGAGAAAAGUCCGAUAAUACACUAUUAUACCAUCUGUUGUGAAUGUCCAAAAACAAUACAUUAUGCUGAUUACAGCCCGCUGGGCACACACUGGUUGAAUCAGCGUUGUUUCCACGUCGUUUCAAUGAAAUGCCUUGGAACCAACGUGGAACAGACGUUGAAUGGCCGUCUGCCCAGUGGGAGGUGACGGGUCAUCAGAACAGCUUUUGGAUGGCCGUCUGCCCAGUGGGAGGUGACGGGUCAUCAGAACAGCUUUUGGAUGGAGGUAAGUUGUCUUUGUAAAUGUAACUAUUGUGUGUUUUAUUCCAGUGUUGGGAACAUUUCAUUCCAGUGUGGUAGUCAUUGAGUGUUGUAGUAAUAAUAUGACGUUGUGUCUUUAAACCACAUCAUGUUGUGUGUGUUUGAUUAAUGUAAGUUGCAUUGCAAGUAAAAUAAGGAUUUGUGGGGGCAUUUAUUAAAUUAAAACGAAUCAGGAUUGUGAAAAGGGACACCUUGCAAUAUGGAUAAACUGAAUGGAAUAAAUACUGAGCAACAAUAUAAACGCAACCAUUUUACUGAGUUACUGGUCAUAUGACUUCGUUAGGGCUUAAUCUAUGGAUCUCACAUGACUGCGCAGGGGCACAGCCGUGGGUGGUCCUUGGCGAAGGAGAAAUGCUCACUGACAGGGGCACAGCCGUGGGUGGUCCUUGGCGAAGGAGAAAUGCUCACUAACAGGGGCACAGCCGUGGGUGGUCCUUGGCGAAGGAGAAAUGCUCACUAACAGGGGCACAGCCGUGGGUGGUCCUUGGCGAAGGAGAAAUGCUCACUAACAGGGAUGUAAAACGCUCAAAAUUAGAUAGAAAUAAUAUUUUGUACGUAAUGGAACAUUUCUGGGAUCUUUUUUUUUUUCAGCUCAUGAAACAUGGGACCAACUCUUUACAUGUUGUGGUUAUAUUUCUGUUCAGUAUAUAUGAAUAGUAGAAUAUAAUUCCUGGGUGAUAUUCAGGUUACUGGACAGACAGAUGAUUCGUCUCGAACAAUAGAACUAGAAUCAUUUGAGUAGAAUCAUUCUAAUUCUACAGGGGAAACAUUUUGCACAGGGUAACUAGGAAACUGCCUUAUAGGAAAACAUUUUAUCUCUUGAAAAAUUGUUUUGUAUUCAUUGCUUUUUAUUUCCAAUAUAUUGUGAAGUUACUUUUUUUUCCCCCCUACUGUUCAUGUCUCUGUUUUUUGCUCAUUCUUUGGGAAGUAUAUUAAACAUAUUUCAUACUACUGUUA